UCUGGCACAGAUGGCCACACAGUAUAAUCCUCUUUCCUCCUCCUCCUCUCUGGAUGAAGGUCUGCCUGUGAUAAUAAGCCUAAUGGAAUGAAUGAGUGUGGAUAGACAAUAUGCAGCAGUGGCACGUCCGUGGCUCAUCGUCGUGGGUGGAAAGUGACAUUCCUCACAGGAGCAACGCCAUGAUUUCAAACGCUGUGCCUGUUUCGUCCGGAGUAACGAGCGCUGCUUAUUGUGAGAAAACCUGUUGGAUUCUCUAACUGGAUUACAUCAGAAAUAUUGUCAAAGUUUGGAGGUUAGGUGUUGGAGGAUUUGGCAGCCGGGGAGAAUGAAUCUGUGCCUGCAAGCUUAAAUUGAUGUGGAGGAAAGAUGCAGAGGACGACCCAAGGCUCCUUCGAUGCCAAUACCCAUUUUCAGAAUGAACCUCAUCAGUUUCCUCAUCCUCCAGCAUCGUCCUUUGGCUCCAGCGUGACUGCGGCCAGCCAAGCCAAGAGAAUGACCUUCUACAAGAGUGGUGACGCUCAGUUCAAAGGAGUUAAGAUGGCCAUCCAUAAGCGCAGCUUCAAAUGCUUUGAUGCCUUAUUGGAUGACCUUUCCCAAAAGGUUCCUCUACCUUUUGGUGUGCGUACCAUCACGACCCCCAGGGGGACCCACAGCAUUAAACAUUUAGAGCAGUUAGAAGACGGAGGCUGUUACCUGUGCUCUGACCGCCGCUACGUUAAGCCAAUCAACAUGGAAGCUGCAGGGAAGAGGCCGGCGGUCUGGCACCAUCACAGUCACCCGCAUAACCCUCGCCGCAAGCCCUCCCGACCCGAGGAGCCCCCCUCGGGACAUCAGCACCACCAUCGGCAACCCAAAAGGAUUGUUCUGGUAAAAAACAACGACCCUACUGUUAGGCGAGCCAUCAUUCUGAGCAGACGAACCGCUCGGAGUCUUCGCGUCUUCAUGGACGAGAUUUCAGAACUCAUGCAGUGUCAUGUCAAGAAACUCUACACUCUGGAGGGACGUAAGAUUGACAAUAUUCAGAGUCUGAUGCAGUGUCCUAGUGUGCUGGUCUGUGUGGGUCGAGAGCCCUUCAGGCCACUGCUCAUGGAAAGCUUGAAGAAGCUCUCAGACGAAAAGCUUCCAGGAAUGAGCACAAGGUCUCACUCAAGUGUCUGCAGUGAAGGCCAUGAAAGCAAAAAGAAUGUUAACUUUGGCCUGAGGACAAAGAAAAGUAUUAUCCAUCCACGAUCAGACUCCAGUAAUAGAUCUACAAGAUUCUCUCUUUCUUCAGAAAAGUCCUAUCAAAAUGGAUUAUGCAUGACACCAGGACAGUCUGGUUGUGUCAGCAACUGUCCGUAUGUUAAGGAAGUUGUAGUGAAUGAUGACAUUAAGAAAAAAGUGCUUGUUAACAAAGACGGCAGCCUUUCUGUGGAGAUGAAAGUUCGCUUUCGGCUGUUCAACGACGAAACUCUUCAGUGGUCCACCGAGAUCAAGAAGUCAUCAGUGAAAGUGAACGACUCUGGCUCUGUGAAAGAUGCAGAUUAUCUUAAAGCUAAAGCUGAGUUUUCAGACCCAGACUCCAUAUCUGCAUCAGAGACUGAAGAAGCCUUUGCAACACAGCUGCAUCAGAAGCAUAUCGAGGAAACGCUUUGUCAAAACUGUUGCAAUCACUGCCAAGAGUACGACAUCUGGAAAAACCCCAUGCACAAAGAACUGGGGACCUGUAAAUCACCUAGUUCCAGUGCAUCAUCUCACAAAGUUGUACACAAAAAGUCAUCGGUGGAUAGUACACGCACAAUUUCUCGUUCCAGUGGCGAGUACACUGAGCAUGUGGUGGAAAAGGCCUCAUGCUUUCAGCAGACAAUGGAGGAAGGAGACACUAGAGUAGAAUACUGUGCAAUAAGUCACUGCUGCAAUCGAGGUGAAGUAUCAUCUGUUGGAGUCAUGUCAAAGAGCAAGAGAUCUUGUGAGGACGACUGUGAGAGUCACACUAAAACAAAAUAUUCUCAUGUGGAACCUAAAAUCUCUCCUACUCCACAUUGUGAGGUCAUUAAGGUCAUGGAAGAGCGUCCGGUGUCUGCAGUCAGCAACUCAUCCAAAGUGCUUCAGUCUUUGAGGGAAGAUCAGGAUGAUGAUUAUGACGAUCUGCCUCCAAGCAUCUCAAGAGCAUCACACUGGUCCCAAAGUGACCAUCUUGAGAGUGAUGCUCAACCCAAAUGUGUUCAUUGUUGUGGCUACAAGUCUUCACCAACAUCUUAUUUGUCCCCCAGACCUCCAAGUAAAGAAUCAAGCAGUGCUGUUCACUCACUUAAGCUCAAAAAGUAUAAAACCACUUUUGCAACAACAGCAGAGCCAGAUGGGAUGAGUAUGACAUCUCUGAUUUCAAAAGUGUCCUCCAGAUCACAUCCUUGUCAGUGUGGUACCAUAACCCCAAGUUUAGUUGCAUCUGGUAGGCAGCAUGGGCCUGAGGGAGGGGCUUGUAAUACAAAUUCCAGACAUAGCCAAGCGCCUUGUAAAUCUAGAGUCCAAGCAAACAGCCCUGGAUCCAAUGCAUUAGAUGCUCUGAAGAUAUGUGACAAAGAUGCUGGAAACAUAUCUUUAAGUGCCACAUCAGGUGUGAAGAAACGAUCUGGUGAGUCUGGUGUAUGUUCAUGCUGUGGUGAGCAUAAAAGAUUGAAUGGGAAUCCAGAGGGGAGCGAAGCAGAGAAAGCUGAUUCCAUAGUGUCAAAGUCAAACAAAUCUACUGCAUCCACUUCAAAUGCUCAUGAAAACUGUGAACUAGUUAAUAAUAUGUCAGAAGUGGAAGCCACUCGGGAGCACUCUCAGUCUGCACUGUCUAAAAAUUCAAAUGCCUCUUCUACUUCAAAAAUCUCAAAAAAAUCCACCUGCUCUGCACAUGAAAUGCGUUCUGUUGGGAAAUCAUCCAAAUCUGAACAUAAUGAAGCAGAAAAUGUUGAAGAAAGAGCCAAAAGUGCCACACCAGUAAGGUCAGUCGGGUCAGACUGCAUUGUUUCAGAGAGAGAGCCCACACCAGCCUUGGAAAUGGAUAAAGCUGAAGAAAAAAGCCAAGAAAGAGCUGUCAGCCCAAUGUCAGCCUGUUCAAAUUUAUCAGCUGCAUCGAGGAAAUCCCACAAAUCAGAGAAUGCUAAAAUGCCUAGAUAUUGUAGUCCAAAUGAUUUAGAGGAAGUGCCAUCAAACUUAUUUAAUUCUCAGGGUGAUAUAUCAGAAAGUGCUGCUACUCAGAGUCAUACUACGACAGAUAAUCAUUGUGGACAAGACACAGAGUUUCCUCAAGAAGUGAGAUCAGCUAGUGCCGUGUCUAAUAAAUCAAACCGAUCUUCUGAACAUCCGUCACAUGCAUCAGAGCAAACAACUAAGUCUGUCAAAUCUUGUUGCGACUUACAAGAAAAGGCCACUCAAAAUGCCAGCAGUCCUGAUGUUCAGUGUAAGCCGGAAACUGAGGUAAUCACUGAAGGAAGACUAUGCAGUCCACUGUCCAACUGCUCCAAAAUAUCUGUGAAGUCACAUGCAUCCUCAAAGAAUUCACACGCAGAGUCUAAAUCUAAGGAAAGAGUUCCUAGUGCAGUGUCUGUUAAAACAAACACAUCUAAAGGAUCUUGUAGGUGCCGCAAAUCAAACCACAAUGUUCCAGAAACCACAGUUACCUCAGCACCAAUUGAUACAACACCUAAUGAAUGUGCAACUCUAGAACAUGAGUCAAAUAGAGCCACCAGCACAAUGUCUCAGACCUCAGAAAAGUCUAAUGCCUGUUCUGAAAGAUCUUUCAAAUCCACUGAAAAGAGCAUUGUAUCUCAGGAAGUGGAGAAUGGCAAAGACGUCAUGUCUUUGAAUACCUUAUCUGUGACCUCUCCAUUACCUAGGUCAAAGAGGUCCCCAUCUCCUGGGUCAACCCACAACACUGAAAUUAAGAAAACUGAGAGCAGAGCUCCAAGUGGGAUGUCAAUAAGCUCUAACGUAUCCUCACAAUCCCAAAGAUCCAGUAAAUGUCAUUGCCUCAACUCCAUAAAUGGUCAUUUGAGAGAUGAAUCUGAGAGCUUGUCAGGAAAAUCAAAACAGUCAGCUAAAUCUCUUAUAAAUAACAUUAAGUCUGCAGGCAGCCAGUUUGAUGAACCUCUAAGUCCUACAUCAACAGCAUCCGUUUCUCUUGGACUAGGAGAAGAGCACAAGGGUGAUGACUUUGAUGAAAGAUCAACCAGUGGCAUGUCACACAAAGGACCAGAGGAAGCUGGAUAUACGUUAGAGAAUGUAAAUGGAGUGGAUGCAGAGGCAAGGCCAAGGACAGAAAUGUCUAUGAACUCUGCAAUUUCAGAUGAAUCCAAAAAGUCCCAUCAUAAGAACUGUAAGGCUCCUGUUCAAGCUCUCUCACCUGUCUCAGCUGAGAGCAUCAUGUCAGCAGAACUCAAGAAAAGCAAGUCGGGAAGCCAGUUAAAUGAAAACAAUAUCAGAGUGCCCUCCACUUUGUCACUGUCAUCUUCACGAAGUAAGUCACCCUCGAGAGUUUCACAGGGAAGUGCUAAAAAUACUGCUAUGAAAGACAGAGACUGUGAAGCUGUCAACAACACCAACCAUGCAGAAAUGAAUGAAACAUCUUCAAAACAUGACCAAAGUGAAAGAACCUCUGAAAAAGCUAUGCCAGAAAGUGACUCUUCAAAAACAUCUGAGCAUUCGGUAAAGUUCAAAAAUGGGCACAGUAUUAAAGAGAGCGAUAGAUCUAAAUGUAAAAGAUCUAAAUGUUCUUCCCAGUGUCUGGAAAUAAAUGGACUGAAUAUAAAAUAUAAUGCAGACAAUGAUGGUGCCUUGUCAUCCGCAUCAGACAGAAGAUCUAUGAAAAAUGAUGCAUCCAGGCCAAAUUCAGCAGGGAUGUCUGAUAUUUCCCAAAAUUGUGUAAGUCUACCACAUGAGAUCCCAAACAAGAAUAAAGCAUCAUUCAAGCAUCCUGGUUCCUCAAGUGACAGUGUUUUAUCUCGGGCACUUUCAGCAGCAGAUCUGUUGAAAGAGAUUGUCGUCAAUGCAAGACCAGUCAGCAGAGGAUCAAAGUCAGUUGCCUCCAGCAAAAAUAUCAACAAGGUAGAAAAUAAAAGCCAAAAAAGCAGCAGGACCAAACACAGCAAAGUCAACAUCUCAUCGGAAUGCAACAACAAGGAACUGAUGCCGUCAUGCUUACCGAACGCUUCCCCUACAGAAGUUGUGAAGGACUGGCUUAGGAACAUUCCCAUUGAUGGCCAUGUUUAUGAAAUGGAUAUUGAACUCACUGAAGAUAUGACCUUGACUCAAGGUGGUGAGGACACUUCUCAAAGAGACAAAAUUGAGUCACCAGAAAGCAUAAUAGAGGUUGAGAAACCUCACGAUGAUCAAGCAGGUGAGAAUCCUAUUCAGCAGGAGACCAAUGACAUUUGUGUUGAGACAGAGUUGUGCGACAAAAGAGCACAAUUGGAAGUAAGUACAAUAGAUCCCAACCCCAAAGCAUUAAUGAAACAAGACAGUUUGCAAAAGCAACAUCAUUCUUCGGUUCAGGUCAUGAAGGUUUUACUGGGUCCAAAACUAGACAGAUCCAGUAGUUUACCUGAGGUCUCCCCUGUAUAUGGCAGAAAAUUAAGCCAGUCUGCUCAAGGGCUGUUGGACUGCCUUGCGAACUUACGAUUGAUUGACUCAGACUCUAAAAAGGAAAAGCAGCAUAAAUAUAAUGAAGUCAUGAUGAUCCUACAGUCGCUCUGGCUCCAAAAGCCCUCUGAGGAUGAGCAGAAAAGCCUGAACACAAAGGAACACCCCUCCAUUGAAGAUGAAUUUAACCCACGGUCUUCAUCUGGGGUUGAUGUUAGCAGCAGCUCCAUCGGCUCUGUUAAAGGUAGCAUGAAUGGCAUAUUAGAAAAAAUAGAGACUGUACAAGGCACAAUACCACCAAUUGCCGAACAAGUGGGCUCACUGCAAGAUAAAGAUGAAGAAGAUCAGGUAAAGUCUACAGCUCAAGCAUGUGAAUAUUUAGAUCCACCCAAAGUCCCCUCAGAUCCAGUAACUCCAGGCAUUGCAGAGAGAGUCCAGGGGAGUCCAGUAAAUACACAACUGGAUGAUGACCAAGAAAAUUGUGUAUUGCAAGAAGAUGAUGUUGAAAGCAGUGAGAAUAAGAAUGAAUCAGAUCUAACGCCACAAACAACCUCUUGCAAGAGCUCUGGGAAUGAGAGUAAUACUAUGAAAUCUCAAGAAAAUACAAGCUCAGGAACUCCACCGUCUGUUCAGAGAGCUCCACUUACUAAAAGAGUUUCACAAGACCCAGAUCCCAUUUGGGUUCUGAGCUUAUUAAAAAAGCUUGAAAAGCAGUUCAUGUUACAUUAUGCAGAUGCCAUGACGGAGUUCAAAGUGAGGUGGGAUUUGGAUGACAAUGAGAUGCUCGAUAAGAUGAUAACUGAGCUGAAAGAGGAAGUACACAAAAGGAUCCAAUCAAGUAUUAACCGAGAACUGCAAAAAAUCCAAAGCCGGGCUGGCAGGGGUCCGAGACCUCCAGGAAAUACUCUAUCGAGAGACUCCACGGUCCAGACUGAGCAGCGACGCAAGCGUCUUCGGGUCAUGCGCAAUAAGUCCAUCUUGUCAAGGAGUGAUGAAAAUUACACUGCAUCAGGAACCGAAUACAGUGAUCAGCGCAGUGACGAUGAAUACUGUCCAUGUGAUGCAUGCAUGAAAAAGAAGAUGGUGUCCAGAGCGGCCCAACGAGCUCAAGCUUUGAGUUUGGCUCCAGUUAUGAUGGAAUUUGAUCUGCGGAAAAUUUUGCAAAUGAAAAAGGAUCCAGCCCAACCUACAGAACCAAAAACGGAAGAACAACACUCAACCAACUUGACUUUUGCAGUUGAGAAAGAAGAAGUGGUUCAUGAAGAGGUAGAGGAAGCGAAUGAUGAUACUAAAGACCAUAAAUUUGAGGCGGCAGAUCAAGAGCCAGAUGGUGUUGACAAUACAGUAGAUGAAGGCAGAAAUGCAGAAAACAUCAAGGAUGUAGACUCUGUAAACUCUGAGAUAAGAGAUCCAAAUGAAGAGGAAGCGAAUGACAAAAGAGAUUCUGGUGAAGAACAUGUGGAAAAUGAAGAAGGUGAGGAUGUAAAAGAAGAAAUGGUGGUAAAUGGUAAGACAGAUGCUGAGGAGAAAGAGGAAGUAGAGAUUGUUGAGGAUGAGACUAAAAAAGAUACAGAAGAGGACUGUGAGAAAAAAGACAGUCCCAAGGGAGAUGCAGCAAGUGCAGAAAAUAGUGAUACGGCUGUGGAGGCGGAAAAAGAGGAUGAGAUGAGAGAAACUGGUGAGGAAAUCGAAUCGGAUGACAGGGAAGCAGAAACUGAGACUGGCAAAGAGAGUACAGAAGUCAAGCCUGCAGACGAUGGAGGUGAAUCUAAUUCAAAUAAAGAUGAUACACCUAUUGAAGGUGAAACAUCAGAUGAAACAUCCAACAUUGAGAAAAAUGCUGAAUGGAAUCAGGAUGGAUCUGCUAAGAUUGAUGUCAAUGAAGGUGGGACAUCAGACACAGGACAGGACAAGGACCAGCCUGAAAACUCCAAGGAGGUCAAAGGAGACACAGAAAAUGAGAUGAACAAAUGUAGCUCUGUUGAGGAAGAUUUUGAGAAAGAAGAAUCUGAUAAAACUGUUGUUGAUGACUGUGAGAGCACACUAGCGAAACAGGUAACGAGAACGUCAGUGGAGUCUCAACCAGGAUCCAUGGAGAACUGCAUGAAACUGAAAGAUCUUCAGAGUUUCAUGGAGAGUGUUGAAAGUCAAGGAGACAGUGUGGUUGUGAUUACUAAACAACCACCGUACAAAGAGCCACAUGGAAACAAAAAGGACAUGCGCAAUGGCUUGACUGAAUGGCAGGUAUCUCCUAAAAUAAACAACAGGGCCAGUAAACAAAAGAAAGGACAAUGAUAUUAUGGUGAACAAUGAGAUUGUAAUCAUUUGAUAUUCCCUCGUAUAAAGCACUUUAUUACUAAUGUUACUUUAGAUGGGACUUGCAUAAUGAUGAUGUGAGAUGAUUAAUCUCACUUCAAAGACAUCUAAAGAGCUAAAUAGAAACUUUUAAGGUAUUUCAAAACUGUAUAUUGUAUUGAGUUUUACUGAGUCUGUUAAAGCAACAAAUAUUUUACUCAAGGGUUCAUAUACUCAGUGAAAUACUGUAUAUACUCACAGUCACACAUUUUAUCGAUAAACACUGAAUUCUCAGGGUUCUGAAUGUUACAAGUAUUACAUACAUGCAUUGUUUGCCCAAAACUUAACCAAUUUUAGCAUUGCAUUACUUCUAGUUUAUAUGCUAAAUGGCUAUAUUAUAUUUCUAAAUAUAUAAUUGCAGAUAUGUUGUAAGAAAGAGGUAUUACUCAAAUGCUCAGUUUAGCAGCAACAUUUUGCCAUGACUCUAUAUUUCAAAAUGACUCAAUUAACAAUGUUUUAUUUAUUUCUGAAGUUGCAAGAUUUUAUGAUGCUGCUAAGUGGUGCUUGAUGCCACGUUUUACACCUAAAAGAUCUCACCACGUGUGGUAUUUAAACCAUCCUUGAUUGUUGUAUGUUGCUAUUGUACUGUAACAUUUACAGUAAUAAAUGCUCAACUAUAA